AUGCAGUCAACACUACGCCUCACAUAUAGUACGUGUCAUUCACUCACACUCUGCACGUCAUCACUGAAUGACUCAUUGAAGUGACAUGAGUUUGAUGUAAAUCACAACAAAUCCAACAAAUUGUGUCCAUUUGUCAACUGAUUGUCACUAAUUGUCACUAAUUGUCACUAAUUGGGUCCAAUUGGUCUAACCUCACACUACAGUCACCAUCAGCUCAUCCAACGAUCAUCACUGCAAUGGUUCUGUCAAUCUAUGGUCUUCUCGAGACAUCUCUUCUCAUAGUGAAUGCAAUCGUUAUCUUAAAUGAAGAGAGAUUUCUGUCGAAAAUCGGAUGGGGUCGGCAUUCCCUGAAUGCGGCGCAACACACGUAUGGCCAACAUAUGGAUAACUCCGUCAAAUCACAACUUCUUAAUAUGAUUCACUCCAUCAGGACUGUCAUGAGAGGUAUGCCAUCAAUGGUUCAUAACUGACCGCUAAUUAUAUUAACACCAAUUCAUUUGUCUCGCAGUUCCCCU